CAAGCACGUUGAGAGCCAUGGAAAGCCCGUUGAAUGCUACGUCUCCCUUCUUCCUCCUCCUCUUCCUUCUGUUAACACUUCUUCAAGUCCCCACCCCAUGUAUCUCCGACCCCAACCCUCUCCAGGACUUCUGCAUCCCCCCAUCGCCGGCCGGCAAAUCCCCCGGCUGCAAGGAUGUUUCAGCCGUCGUCUCCGACGAUUUCUUCUUCGAUGGCCUGGCCAAGGAAGGCAACACCAACAACUCCUUUGGCGUAGGCUUAACACAAGCGAGCGUCGUCGAGUUCCCAGGCCUCAACACGCUUGGGAUGGCGAUUGUCCGCAUCGACUUGGCCCCCGGCGGUCUGAACCCGCCGCACAGCCAUCCUCGUGGCUCCGAGCUGGUGAUGGUCGUCGAGGGAACGGUGCUCGUUGGGUUUGUCAGCACGGAUAACGUGCUGUACCAGAAGGUGGCGAAGCGAGGAGAGUUGGUCAUCGUUCCUAAGGGGCUCGUUCACUUCCAAAAGAAUAUGGGGAAGGGCAAGGCCGUGGCGGUCGCUGUAUUCGAUAGCCAGUUCCCGGGGGUUGUGUCCUCUCCGUUAUCACUCUUUCGGACAGAGCCAGCCAUGGACAGCCAGCUGCUGGCCAAGGCAUUCCGGGUGGAUGGGGAGGUCAUCUCCGGCUUGCUCUCCAACUUCGGCAAUUAAUACAACUGCUUCAACACCAUAUACUUCUAUAUCUAGUUUUCUGCUUCUUCCUAUUGUGUCUCCCGUGUUCAUCCAUCUGAAGUCUUAACUGUUGUUGUGGCAGUUUCUCUUUCUCCUGCGUUCUGAUGAUCUGUUCAUUCUUCUUCUUCUUUAAUCUGAUUUAUUUUCUUUCCGGAAAGAAUGAUGAUUUCUUCAUUUGUUCCUUCAAGAAAAUGGGAAG